AUGAAUACUGUUUCCUAUUUACCGAAAACUCAUCCCAUCAGUGACUUCUCGGACGUCUUUUUUACAACAGUAUCCAUGGAUAAUUCAGACGAUUUUAAAUUUUCUCAAUACCAGAAACUUGUUAAAUUAAAAACAACAGAUAUACAAAGAGGCAAGAUCAUAUCUAAAUCAUUCUUUCAUACAAAACCUGAUUUUUCAGUAGAAGAACAAACAAUUUUUACAAUUUCAGAAGAUCAAAGACUCGAUAAUCAAAAUACAAACGACUACACUCCUAAUAUUUCCUUAUCAGUUAUCAAUUCUUUUGAUAAUCUCAUGAAUGAACUUAAAAGAGCAAAAACAAAAGAUAUCGGCUACAUAAUCGAUCGAUUUUCUGAAAUUGAAGAAAAAUUUCCAGACUCAAUGCCAUCCAUUAUCGAAAUACUUUACAAAUUAGAGUCAAUUUCAAACAAUAUUUUCAAUUCUUUACAAUUAUUAGAACGAUUAUUGACUUUACAGAAUUUUGAUAUUUCCAUUGACAGAAAUGUACAAAAAAUAGACUCCAAAGGCGAAAAACUCAUUUCCUGCUAUUUCGAUGGUAAAAAAUUACAACUAAUAUUUAAGUCAGAAGUUUUUGAUGAUUUUGCUUUUUAUUUCAAUGAAAAUGAUACAGAUGUUUUCAUUUCUGCUACAAAAGUACAGUACAAGAGAUCAAGAGAUGAUAAAUACACAGUAAAAGAUCUAAAAGACUUCGUUGAUCCUUCUAAACAAAUUUUAUCAGUUUGCAAAUCAAAAAUUGGAGUUUCUAUCGUUCAAAAAGUGUCAGAAGAUGAAAUUUCGAUCAAACUCUUUAGGAAACAAUUCUUAGCAUUUAAUCCAAAAACGUUUGAAACCAGUUACAAAUUCAAAUCAGAAAUAGACAAAGUUUUUAAUUACAAAAAGUUUUUACACGUUUAUCUUAAAAAUGGAAUGAAAUACGACAUUGAUUUAAACAAAAUACCAUUUACUACGAAACAGCUGACAAAUAAUUCCAUUUAUUAUGAUGGUAUUUGCUUUAGAACUAGCGAUACUUUUUAUACUUGUUUUUUAGAUGAAAAUGAAAAUUUUUAUGUUGAUACUUAUCCAGGAUCAAAUUAUACUGAUUUGACAAAAUUUAUUCCACCUUGUUCUAAGUCAAAUGUUGAAUAUUUCAUCAACAAAAUAUGCUACAAAUAUUUGGAAUCAUUGAGUGAUAUAUUUGAUGAUUUGAUGCAUUAUUAUUCAGAAGAUCGUUCAAAAGUAUUUUGUCAAAAUCCAGAAAAAAUCGUCAAUUUAUGUUAUGAAAUUUGCAUGGUUACAAUGGAAUCUAACUAUAAUCAGACAACAAAGAAUCAUGUAAUGACAUUGAUAUCAAGAUUGAUUGUUUUGAAUUUAUCUUACGUCGGAUGCAAAAAAUCGAAAUUCACUUUUAAUUCAAUGACAAAAAUUUUCUAUGUUUUGAAACGAAUUCCAAAAGAUUUCGUUAUGUCGAUGGACACUUUAUUUACUUUGAUUGCAUUGUGUUCAUAUGAUAUCUAUAAAGCAGAUUUCGUAAAGGAUUUCAUUGAGAAAUUGGUUCAAAUUUCUGAUUUGGAUUUGGAACAUUUAUUGAUGAAAAAAUCAAUUUCAAUUUUGUUUCUCAAAAAAGAAAAAUUUUUGACAAAAUUUGACAACCAAAAACUUUAUGAUUUCUUGAUUAACAAGAUUGAAGCAGCAUAUAAUAUCAAUACAAUUUUGGAGUUUGAUUCGGAAUUGGUUCCUUUCUUUGACUUGUAUUUGACAUUUUCAGAAAAAAUGUUGGCUGAAAAUCACGAAUUUUUCAGAAAAUCGAUGAAUAAAUUGAGAGAAUGUGUUAAUUCAUUUACGAAUUGUCCAGUUUUAUGUGGUUUCAUCAUGAAGAAGAUCAAUGUAAUGCUGGAACCUUUGAUAACAACAUUUCUUUCCCAGAAGAAUUCUCAAGAAAUCAACGAAUAUUUUUGCUCCAAAAAUCAAGAACAUAAAAUGAAUUCAAAAACAUUUGAUUUCACUUUCCAAUUAGUUGACGAGCCAAAAUUUAGUAUUCCUUUCAACAUGGAUGUACCAAUUUUAGCUCAUGAUCAUGAUUAUAAUUGCGGCGAAAUCAAUUUUAAUGGUGAACCAUGUAUAAGAAAUGAUUACCAAAAUGAAUUAAAUUUUGAAGGAACAGUUAUUGAAGAUUCUGAGUUUUGUAAAUUCCCAUUAAAAGGUACAGAAAUUAUUGAUGCGCCUAAAUUAUCACAAGAAUAUCUCGAUGUUUGCAAUGCUGUAUUUAUUAUUUCGAAAUCAAUUUCGAUUUGUUUGGAAAGUUUCAAGAAAACAAAAAUUGAAGAAGAAAAUUCUCCUUUGUUGGAAAACAUCAUUAAAACAACAAAUCAAAUCAAAGUUCCAAGACAAAACUCAGGAACUAUCGUUGAAAGAUCAUCAAGGAAGAUAAUUUCAAGAAACAAUACUUGUUUUAUUGAUGAACAAACUUCAAAAGAAUUCAUUUCUGAUAUAAUUUUGAACAAAAAUUCAAAUUUGAUAGAAAACCUUAAAAAUUUUAUCAAAACCGUUUUCAAAAAAGUUCCAAGUGAAAUCGAAGAAACCGAGAGAUAUUCAUUUUGUGCUUUGUUAUGGAGAAGCAAUUUGAUUUCCAAAGCAAUGAAAAAUGAUUUAGAUUUCGAAAUAAUAAAAGUUUGGAAAUUAAAUUUGAAAGUUCGAACAGAAUUAAUGAGAGCAAAACAGAAUAGGUCUAUUAUCGGUUACAACGAAUUGCUUAAAGAAGUCAAAUCUAAAUCAUUGUAUUUGUUGGGCUUGAAUCAAGACAAAGACCUCAAAAAUUCUGUUUCAAAUACUUUAAAAUUUUUGUUGUCAGAAAUGAUGAUGUCAGAAAUCGGUUUUCUCAUAAAUAAACAAGAGAAAAGGAUACAAAUUCAUGAUGAUGCUGUUUCUUUUUGCAUGAAAUUAGUUGACAAGAAUUACAUUCCUUUAUGCUUCAAGCACUUCUUGAUCGAAUGGAUUGAUGUAAAAUCAAAAUUUUCAACUGACAAAAAAUUGUCAGAAUUUUUGAUUUCGAAAAGUGAUGAUCAUUUCUUUAAUUCAUUUGCAUUGAAGUUCAUUAAUUAUGAUGACAUAUUCCCUGACAACAUAAUGAAUGAAGAGAUCUCGAAUAUGUUGAAAUUUGUUCCUUAUUACGACGAAAUUCAUGAAAAAUUGAAAUUUAUUGGAUCAAAUACAUACCAAAUCAAAGAAAACAGAUAUUUAGUUUCCCAGUACGUUGACGUAAUCAGGUACCAAUACCAAGGAAAAGGAGACGAAUUGAUGUCUUUCUUUUCUCAAGAUUUAAAUGAUGAAACAUUAGGAAUUUUGGUUGUUUUGGGAGCAGAAAUUUUCGAAAAUGCAUCUUUGCCAGGAUUUUUCGAUAAAAAUCAAAACAAAAUGUUGCCAAAAGAACUCAACCUCAAAAAUCCUAAUGACAUGGAAUUUAAUUUCCUUGUCCAGCCUCCUUCUGUAAAUUUGCCAAAAGAAUUUGACAUUUGUCAAAUAAUCAACGGUUUUGGCUAUAAAAAUGUCAAAAAUUUGGUUCAGGCAACAGUUUUGUUUUCAUUUUUGGAGAAAGCAUGUGAAUAUUCACAAGAAAACAAAGAAAUUGUUGAACAAAACUUGAGAAAAACAAAAAUCAAUGAGUUUUGUUUCCAAAAAAUUUUCAAAAAUUUGACAACUUUACAAAACCUGAAGAAUUCAUUUUGGAGAAGAAUAAACAUUCCUAACAACACUCCAACAUCAAACACAUUCAUGUGUUUAUGCAAUGGUGUUUCAACAGAGAAUGUUUUACAAACAAAUCAUUUUGGAAAAUCAUUUUUCGUUUACAACAACAAAAUCCAUCCAAAUGAUAUUUUCAAGUUGAAAUUUGAUAUCAAAGAUCGUGAAAAUAACUUGAUUUGGAUUGGCUUCAUCAAUGAAAAAGAAGAAAUCAUUGUUUAUGAUGUUGCACAGCAGAUUUACGCUUCAAAUUCUUUGAAUCAUUAUUAUAAAAUCGAAGGAAAUCCUUAUUCGAUUUCUUUUGAACAAAGAAGAGAUGGAGUCAUCGGAAUGCAUGUUCAAACACUUGACAAUGAUCAAACAAAUCAUAAAUUCUACAAUGAAAAAACAGAAGACGAAACCUUUGCUUUGUUUCAAGAUUUCAGAAACAAUGAUUUUGUUUAUCCUUUUGUUUUCACGUUAAAUAACAAAUGUGAGAUUCAUUUCGAGUUCCAGUUCAAUGAAGUGAAUGCCAUCGAAAAGACCUUUAAAUCAAAAAUUUCAAAUCAACUUUAUAACUUUGAAUUUCCGAAAUUUUACAUUGGCAAAACCGUUUUUGUCAAAAAUGUUGGAGAAGGAAAAAUCAUUGAUUUAGAUUACGACAAUUUAACAACAAUUAUCAAGAGAACGACCGGAGAAUCAGAGAUUUUCACUUUCAACACCAAACAAUGUGUACCAAUUAACCAAAAACAAUUUUCUUGUUUUAGAAAUGCACAAGAAAUUUUGUCUUUGUUUCCAAGUGAAAAAUAUUUUUAUGAAGAAAAACUUUUGAGAACUACUACGAAAUUAUGUGUUUUUACUGCUAGAAAAUUGAUUUCAAAGGUUAAUUUAGGUCUCAAUGCUGAAGAAAUAAUCAAACUUAUAUCAUUUAAGUCUUUUUAUCUUCAUGAAAACAAUUUCAAAUUAGAUUUCAAAGUUGAUUUGAAAUAUUUCGAAAAUCUCAAAAUCGUUGAUCAAAAAUUGGAAAAAAUUGAUGGUAUUUUUCCAAAAUUUAUCAAUGAUUAUGAUGAAAAGCUUAGAGUUUUCUUUGCUCUUUACAAAUUAUGCGAAAUGAAUUCUGAAUUCCCAAUUCUAGAAAUAUAUCCAAAAAUUUCUGGAAAAACUCUUCAAGAAAACAAAAUUUUCUUUGAAAUGCUUAAGUUUUUGAAGAAUAUUGAGAUAAAAGAUUUCGAAACAGCAGAAUAUUAUUUACAUUUAUGUGAAUUGGAAAAUCCAAACCAAAAUGUAAAUAUUGGUGCUUUGUGGCAAUCAAUUUGUUAUAAAUAUUUCAAUGAAAACAAAGAAGUUCCAAUGAUUCCCAAUCGAGAUGCUUGGAAUAAAUUGUCUUAUUGGGCAACAUGUAUGUUUGAUAUCUGUAAACAUACAAUUCCUUAUCAAUUGUUGAAUUUACCUGAUUUUAACUAUAAAUUCAAACUCCAAAAUCAAGGAAAAAUUCAAUUUAAUUAUUUGACAAAAUUUGUCGAAGGAAAAGAUGUUAAACUUGAUUCCAAAGACAUAACAAACGAACCUUUUAUAGGAGAUCAUUUAAUUUCAUUUGAUCCUUUGACAAAUAAUGAAUUCGAAUUAAUUAUUCCAAACAAUUCAACAAAAGAAGAAAUUGAAAAAUUUGAAAGUUUCGAUUUCAAAGAAAUUGAUUUAGCUGUUGCAGAAUUCAUCUUUUUUGGAGCAAAUCUUAAGAAAUUUGAUGGAAUUCCUGAUUGGAUUAUUGGUAUACGUAUUCAUUGUCUUACAAAUGCAACAAAACUUCCUUUAGUUUUCACGUUAUUCGACAGAAAGAAAGCAAGGGAAUACUUGGAAGAAGAAAUCGACAAAAAUGAAAACCACAAAGAGACUUUGGAAAUUUCUUUUGAUAGAUUCGAUACUCCGAAGUUCACAGGUAGAUGGAAUGGACAAACAAUGUUUUCGCAAUAUGUUGAACAAGUUAAAGAUGUCAAAGAUUUGUGUGAUUCUUGCAGACCAUGGUAUACAGAAUUUGUUGGAGAAGGAGCAUUUGAUGCAGGCGGUCCUAUGAGAGAAUCAAUUGCUCAAAUCGCGGAAGAACUAAAUAAUCCUAAUUUGGGAGUUUUCGAGUUAUCUCCAAAUUCGAUUUUGAACUCAGAAAAAAUUUUGAUUCCCAACUUUUCAUGUGAUGAAAAAUUUUUGUCUUAUGCCGGUUCUUUUAUUUGUUGCUGCAUGAUUACGGAUCAUCCUCAUCAGUUUUUACUCCCUGAUUUGUUCUGGAAUUAUAUAUUUAAAGGAAAGAUCGAAAUAGAAGAUCUCCUUGAAAUUGAUGCAAAAAUCAAUGAAAGAGAAGACAAAGAAGAAUAUUUCAACAAACUUUGCGAAAAAUUGGAAAUUAUUCGUAAUGGAUUUCUCAAAGUUCUUCCAAACACUCAGAUAAUUUCGAUGAUGUCCGAAAAAAUUAUCAAGACAUUGUGUUGCGGUGAUGAUACUUUAACUCUUGAGAAAUUAUCUCCUUACAUUGAAGGAGUUAAAUCAGAAAUAUUGAUCAAAUGUUUGUCUCUGUUUUCUAGUGAAGAAUUGAAGAAAUUCUUGGAAUUCGUUACUGGAAGCUCGACAAUUCCUUCAGGACAUUUCAGAAUCAAAGCUCACAAUUAUUAUAUGGAUAAUAACGAUCCAAUUCCUGAUGAAAAGAAACCUCUUCCAGUAGCACACACUUGUUCAAGCGACAUCGACAUCCCAGAUUAUGAAAAUCCUGCAAUCCUUGCUGAAAAAUUGCGAAUGGCAAUGGAAACAACUUUAAUUAAUGAUAGUGAUGAAAAUCUUAAUUUUGACUUUUUAGAAUAA